CUUCAUUCAUCCCACAAACUUGUAUCUUUCCGAAAACCCCUCUUCCCAUUUUACCCUUCUCUGUUUUUCCCAAUCUCACACGAAAAGAAAAAUAGUCUCAAAUCAAUCUCUUUUUGCAAACAAACACAAACCCUUUUCGAUCCAACUGUGAGAUUGCUUCUUGAAGCAAAAAGAUCAAAGAUAUGAUCCUAAAAUCAAAGAAAAAGAUCCACCCUUUAUUUUCUUGAAACAAAAAAGAUUACUUUUUUAACCUAAAAGUAUUCAAGAAAAAAGAAAUCAGCAAAUGGGAAGAGAGAGUUUGUCAUCAGAGUCAAGAAGCCCAGAAAGAGAUUAUAGCAAUAUGGAUACACAAGUUUUCUUGAAUGUGUAUGAUCUUACACCUGUGAAUUCUUACAGCAUCUGGUUUGGGUUUGGUAUCUUUCAUUCGGGUAUUCAAGUGUAUGGUAUGGAAUACGGGUUUGGAGCACACGAUUUUCCAAUUAGUGGGGUGUUUGAAGUUGAACCCAAAACAUGCCCGGGUUUCAUUUACAGAUGUUCAAUCCCAUUAGGGCAUGUAAGCAAAUCGCCUACCGAAUUUAGAGAAUUUAUUGAAACCGUUGCUUCAGAGUAUCAUGGGGACACCUAUCACCUAAUUUCCAAAAAUUGCAACCAUUUUACCGAUGAUAUUACCCAAAGAUUAACGGGCAAGAAUAUUCCCGGCUGGGUUAACCGACUCGCCAAACUAGGUGCUGUUUGCAGUUGUCUACUUCCUGAAAAUCUUCAAGUAACUGCAGUUAAACAGCCCUCCGAGUAUCAUAAUUGCGAAGAAGAUGGGACCGGAUCUGUGUCAUCCUCAAAUGCUCACGAACCGUUAGAAUAUGAUGACGACGAUGAUGAUGAUGCAGAGGAAGAAGAUAAACACUUGCUUUCAGCACCAGCGUCGAGUGAAGCAGCUUUUGUUAAAGAGGUCGUCUAGAUAAGAAAAAAAAAAACAGUUUCAGUUGAUGUAAUUUGUUGAUCGCAAAGUUACUUUUCCUUAUGUUUAUGUUUUUUUAUUAUUAUUCUUUUUUCUUUUGCACUUUGUUGUACAAACAAUGUAGUUUUCCUUUCCCAUUAUGGGAGCCUGUAGAAUUUGAAAACUGAAAUGAUCUAAAAUGAUUGAUUGUUUGGAGCUCAUUGUAUC